UCUUCGUCUUCUUCGUUGGUCCCUUCAGAAGGAAUGUUGUAGUAUCCUGUAGCCGAGGAGAGAGAAAAAAUAAAAUAUACGGAAAUCAGCUUGCCGUUUAUUUUCCUGAUUUGCUUGACGAUGGAAAGAGUUACAAAGGAAGUUUCACAGGAUGAGAAUGAUACUAGGCUGAAAGGUGAAGCAGCUGAACUGAUUCACAACGAGGCCAACAGUAAAGAGGUUCCAAAACCAUCAAUUUCUGUGGAUAAUAAGCAAGUUAAAAUGGUCAGGGGAAAAGGUCGACAAGAAGUUAGCCAAGAUGCAUCCCCAGCAGGAAUGUACACACCCGGGGAAGUAAACAUGGAGGCCUCCAUAAUAGCAGAUGAUGUUAUACGUGCUGGAGGUUUUGGUGCUAGAGAUGAUAUUAGCAGUUUUCUUCCAGUGGCAAGUGAUUCUACUGACUUUGAAGCUAUGAUACUUGGUGCUCGAGAAUAUGAGGAACCACAGGGUGAAAUAAGCAGACCAGGUCUUGGCUGGAAAGGAACUACAGAAACAAAGUAGUUGCUACUCACAGACAUGUAUGUGUUUAGUAGUGCUUAGCUAUUUCUUUUUUCUUUUUUCUUUUUUCUUUUCCUUAUCUUUCUUAUAAAAAAGCACUACUUAGCUUUUCUGUUACUUUUUGCCUGUUGGACUUGCGGUAUGUUCUAUGCAAUUAGAAUUUGGCACGCAUAUGGUAUGUUCCGAUGCAAUUUGGCUAUUAGACCAAUUUGUCAUCUGAUUUGAACAUAUGGCAUGCAAAUCACAUAAAA